UGUGCGUUGAUUUUGUUUUUCUUUUUGCCUCGGUGGUGUGGUUUUGCUUUCGCUAGCGGAGCGCUCGUGUGGAUUUGUUCUGGGUUUUCCGACGAAAAGUUACAAGUAUGGAGAUCAGCAAAACGAUUGGAAUUGCGGCCGGUGUCGCCGGAACGCUCUUCCUCGGCUACUGCAUAUACUUCGACCACAAGCGCAGGAAGGAUCCCGACUUUAAGAAGAAAUUGCGCGAACGACGAAAGGCCAAGAAGGCAGCAGCAUCGGCAGGGCCAAGGACAACAAUCCCUAACCUGACAGAUCACGAAGAGGUGCAGAGAUUCUUCCUGCAGGAGAUCCAAACUGGCGAAGCGCUCAUUUCCGCCGGUGACAUCGAGAACGGGGUAGAACAUUUGGCUAAUGCAAUUAUCGUGUGUGGUCAGCCGACGCAACUGCUUCAGGUCCUCCAGCAAACGUUGCCAGCGCAGGUGUUCGCACUGCUGAUCACCCGCAUGCGACAGUACGGCAAUCAGGCGGGCGAGAGCGAGCGAAGCAAGAUACAGGACAUGAACGAUGAUCUGGAGUAAGUGCGGCCCCAAUCAUCCAACACAUCCAGUCGGUCUUGUUUUGUGGCACACGGGGCAUUUGCAGUAGUUAAGGUCGUCUGCAGCAGCGGAGGGAGAGGUAGCGAGAAUGUAGCGAGAAUGUGUGUCUAUCGUCGUCGGCAGCAGCGAGUGGAGAAACGCAAACGACAGCCCCCAAAACGCAGCAGGAACACCAAUUACCCUCCCCUCAAACACUGAAACUGCCUACCUGCCGGGAGAUGAACAACAACAGUACAGCGCUCGCGCGUCGUUUAGCAAGCAAUCGAAUAAUUGUUAUUGGAAAAACGCUCUUGCACGUCCUCAUCGUCAUUGCCGGGGUGUGUUGCACAAUAGCAUGGAGAAACUACCCUCCGAAGCUGCCGGCAGGAUCGUCGUCUCCUUUCUCGCCCCCUCUCCCCAUUACACUUCCCUUUCUGUGUUUGUGUGUCGUUCGUUUCCAGAAUCGCACCGAGCGGCGGGCGCGCGGGCAUUAAAUUUCGCUAUUCCGUUCGCGUAGUAGAACAAAAUCAGAUUAGUUAUAAUGGCAAACCAUACGACAAAGAAGAACUCACAUUAAACGCAAAAAAAACACA